CAUCAUGGCUGCAAGGGGAAAAAACAAUGUCUUACAAACGCGUUAGUUCUGGGAUUCUGUCUUUGUGUAUCUAAAUGAAGCAAAACAAAGAAGACUAAAGAAUAGCAUUCACUCGAAUACUUAUUUAUCUGUCCACUUACGUAGCUGCUGUGAUUUUGGAAUGUUUCGGCGCGGCGCAGGAAAGAGGGAUCACAACAACAAGCCGGUGAAGAAGGAUGUGAGUGACAGCGAUAAAUAUGCAGACCUCCUGGUUUUCGGCUAUGCGUGCAAGGUGUUCCGAGACGACGAGAGGGCUCUAUUCCACGAGCAUGGCAAACAUCUUAUCCCGUGGAUGGGAGACAAGGACAUCCUGAUUGAUAGGUACGAUGGGCGCGGUCACUUGCAUGACCUCUCUGAGUACGAUGCGGGCUCGUGGAACAGAGACUACCAGCUGUCAGAGGAAGAGGCCCGGAUCGAGACCCUGUGUGACGAGGAGAGGUACCUUGCCAUGCAUACCGACCUGCUGGAGGAGGAGGCAAGACAAGAGGAAGAGUACAAGCGCCUGAGCGAGGCUCUGGCAGAUGAGGGCACCUACAAUGCAGUCGGCUUCCGCUACAGCGCUGACUACUAUGACCCCUCACAACCCACUGAGGAGGAGGAGGCCAACAGAGAGAUGGCAGAGGAAGCCGAGUCGGAGGAGAACGAGGAACCCUUUGUUGCCCCCCCAGGUCUGGUCAUCCCCCCGGAUAUGGAACUGCCGGCGACCACCAAGACCCACGCCAUCAUCGAGCGGACUGCCAACUUUGUGUGCCAGCAGGGGGCGCAGUUUGAGAUCGUCCUGAAAGCCAAGCAAUCUGGGAACUCCCAGUUUGACUUCCUGCGGUUCGACCACUACCUGAACCCUUACUACAGGCACAUCCUCCGCGCCAUGAAGGACGGCCGCUACGUCCGACCCUCUGACAGCAAGCAGGACCAGUCUCAGGAAUCCCAGUCGGAUUCAGACGACGACGGCGACGGGAACUACCUCCACCCGAGCCUCUUCGCUCCGAAGAAGAGCUCUCGUCUGGAGGAGCUGAUGAAGCCUCUACAAGUCAUGGACCCAGACCACCCCCUGGCAGUGCUGGUUAGGAAAGCCCGGCAGGAACAGAAUGGAGCCGCCACCGCUGCCAUGGUAACCCGUCUGGAGGAAGUGUCAGAGCCAGCUGUGACCACGACACCAGCAGAAUACGCUGCUGACUCCAACGUAGCCGCAAUGUAUUAUGGGUAUUGUAUGCUUCCCGACGGGAGCUACUGCUUAGCCCCGCCUCCCCCGGGCAUCGACGCCAACGCCUACUACAGCUCCCUACCCUCGGGCAUGAUGGGACAGGCCUCCUCCACCGGAGCCCCGCCUCCUCCCGGGACCACGCCCCCUCCGCCUCCUGAGCCUAUCAUCACAGCAGCUCCGGUCGCAGCCCCUCCCCAGCGUGCCCCCGUCACCACGCCCCCUGUCGUAGCAGAGAUCAGCUCCAAGCCCCAGGCCCCAGCCCCACUGUCUGCUCCAACCCCAACCCCGGCCCCAACCGCAGCCAUCAUCCCCCCGCCCCCUGACAUCCAGCCCGUCAUCGACAAGCUGGCCGAGUACGUGGCCAGGAACGGCGACAAGUUUGAAACCAGCGUCCGCGCCAAGAACGACCCUCGGUUCGACUUCCUGCAGUCCUGGAACCAGUACAACACCUAUUACGAGUUCAAGAAGCAUUACUUCAUGCAGAAGGAGGGAAACAGCCGGGCAGAGAGAGCCUCCAAUCCCUACAGCGUGGGGCCGGAGGAGGAGGAGGCAGACGACAAACCGCUGAAAGAUGCCAAGCUAAUUAAAGGGUCCUUCGCGCCGAUCUGUUUCGCCAUCAAGGCCAAAGAGAACGACAUGCUGCCGCUGGAAAAGAACCGCGUGCGACUGGACGACGACUCGGACGACGACCCGGACAAGGUGCUGGAGGAGGCGGGGCUGGAGGCCAUCAUGGGCGGGGCCGAGGCCAUUCUCAGGGAGCUGGCCCCGCCCCCGGCGCCCGAGGAGAAGAGGCCCGCCCUCACUCAGGAGGAGCUCGAGGCCAAACAAGCCAAGCAGCGCCUGGAGGACCGUCUGGCGGCGGCGGCCAGGGAGAAGCUGGCCCAGGCCUCCAAGGAGUCCAAGGAGAAGCAGCUGCAGGCGGAGAGGAAGCGCAAGGCGGCCCUCUUCCUCCAGACCCUCCGCGAGCCCCUCGCAGGGGAGGCGGAGGCCAGGCCGCCCGACGACGCCCUUCUGACGCGGGAGCCCCAGCUACCCGAGGUCCAUGUCACCCCCAGCAUCGCCAUGGCUCCCCCCGCGCCCGCCUCCCGCGCCCCCCCGCACCCCCCAGAGCCCAGACCCUCCGACGGGGGGGGAGGAGGGGGCUCCUUCCGGAGCCGAGACGGCCCCUCGUCCUCCGCCUCCCGCGGGGCGGAGCGAGACCGGGGCGGCAGGGAGAGGAACCGCGAGCGGGAGAAGAAGAAGAAGAAGCGCAAGCGGAGGUCCAGGUCGCGGUCCAAAAGCAAAACCAAGUACGGCCUGCCCACCGCCUACAGGAGGCUCCACAGGUCGCGAUCCAGGUCCCCGGGCAGAAAGGACAGGAGGGCUCGCUCGUCCGAGAGAAAGCAGGAGAAGAGAGAGCGGGAGCGCUACGGCCCCGCCAGCUCGUACCGUGUGGGCAGCAGCCCCAGCGUGGCGCGGAGGCACUCCCGAUCCAGGUCCCCCCAUGAGAAGAGGAAGAAGAAGAGCUCGUCCCAGCAGCACCAGACCAAAGGUUCCUCCUGCUCCCCGUUCUCCUCCCCCGGGAGGGCGAGCGGCAAGAAGUCCGCUAGCCCCUCCCCUCCCGUCAGCCCCGCCUCCAGCCUGGAAGACUGCAGGGCGGGCUCCCAGGAGAAAGACAAACAAGUGUCCUCAGCCAUAGUCUCCUCGGUGCAGUCUAAAAUCACUCAGGACUUGAUGGCUAAAGUGCGGGCCAUGCUGGCUGCCUCCAAGACCUUCCAGCCAACCUCCUCCUGAGGCACGGCAUCCCACCAGCGCCGAGGCGGCCCCCCUUCCCCCUCCCCAGCGGCCUCACUGCAACAACAGCUUCAACAGUCCCUCAGCCAUACUCCCAACUGUUGUUCUGUUUUUAUUUUCUUUCUGGGGUUUUUUUUGAUACUUUAAAAAAAAAAACACCAAAAAAAGAGGGUUAGAGCCGCAUUAAGCCUUUAUCUCUCCUUGUCCCAGUUUUUAUUUUUUAUUAAUGGGAUACCGACUGCCAGUUCUGCGAGAGAGGAGAUGUUCCCCCCUCUGCACCUGGAGGGAACAUCUCCAUCACAGCCACCGUCACGCAGCAGGCUGUUGGAAGUUUUGGACCCUUAUGUUCUCGACACAUGUUUUUGGCACGAUGGAUGACAAGAGAGCUACAAAGCGCCAGAAUAGUUCAUAAAGCACCUUGCGUCGUUGAUUUCUUUUUCUUUCUUUUUUCUUUCUC